AUGAACACCAAGGCGAUUGAGAUCGUAUUAACCGCGACGGUUCUGUUAACCGUGUUCGCAAAGUCAGCUUGCGAUUGCGUAAGUGUAUACUAUUUUGUACAGCGUAUUCUUAUUUCAUCGUAAAUAUUGUCAUUAUCAUUUUUUAUAAUAUUUUACAUGUUUGUAUAUACUUACGCUGUAACGGUUAUAUCGGUCCAAUGAAAAGAGCAUUUUUUUUUUUUUUUAAUUUUCUUUUAGUGCCUUUAGGACGAUUCGCGUAACAAAUAUACAUACAUUAUUUAUACACUAUUCGAAAGUGAAAUUUUUGUUUUCGAAGUUUUUCUUUUGUUUUUGUUUUUUUAUAUCGUUAUUUUAACGAUUUUUACUGCACGUUUAUACGCAAUAAUAAUAUUAUAUACAAAGAUUUUGGUAUAAUAUAAUACGUUUAUAGGUAUACUAUUCACUUUGAGGUAAGUGCCUAGUCAACUCGAAAUAUUAUGUCGACAAUUUUAGUUUUUCAUAUAAUACGAGUAUUUUGCUUAUUUGGUACAUUCUUCAUCGUCCGCAUCAAUAUACGUAUUGUCAGUCGGUAUAAUUUAUUAUUAUUAUUAUUAUUAUUUACAUUUAUUUUUUUUCUGCGUAAGUGCUUGUCACGUUCCCUGUACAUAAUUCGAUUUUUUCGGAAUAGACACUAUACAACGUGUAAAACAGUGAAAAUAUUUAAAAAUACAAAUUGCGCUGGAUGGAUCAUACAGUCACUUGCGUAUUUUUAUACGUCUUACCAAUGCAGAUACAACUGAUAUUAAAUAGGUAACGAUUUUUCGGCUGAGGAUAAGAGUUAAUUUAGAAUUCGGUAGUACAUAAAUCAUAAACUAUAAAGAGUAUUUCACUCUUGAAAACGUCGAUACUGAUUAAAUCGCCGUAAAGAUGACGUUACCCCACUUUCAUCAUUCGGUCCUAUGGCCUUUCGGUGUUUUAUGUUAUUAUGCGCACCGUCAUGUCUUAUACGUAAACUUUAUUUCGUGAUUGCAGGGAGGCUACAGGUUAGAAAUCGAAUACAUCAGGAAUUGCAACUCGGACAACAUCGUCGAACUGUCCAAAAACUUUUCCGUGGCCCUGAAACAGAAUUGUCAAAUGGAACUUCGCGGUUGCGUCACGCUGUAUGCUAACAUAACCGACGCCGAAGUAUACAUUAUUAUUAUUAUAAUAAUGUAAUCCAAUUAAUAUUAUAAAUGCGAAAGUUGGUUUGGAUGUACGUGUGUCACCAGUUUUUGUCCAAACUACUGAACUGAUUGAGCUCUGAAACUUUGCACGAAUGUAGUUCUAGACCAUGAAUAAUAUAGUCGAUAUUUUCCCCCCGUAUUCAAGCCCUGGAGGGGGGGGACAUAGGGUUUUUGAUAUUUUCAAUACGAAAAUUUAAUUGUUUUGUGUUGAUUUAUGACUAAUCUCGGCGAUACGAAUUUGAAAAAAAAAGACGGACAUGCUUCGCACGUGUGUACAGCCACAAUUGUAGGUGGGAAGUUGGGAAGGUAGGAUACAAAAUGGAAUUGUAUAUAUUAGUGUAUAUCUGUGAACGAAGAUAAACCAUUGUUAACGAAAAAACGAUUCUAAGCGAAAUUCAAUUGAUAGUGAUGCUUAAGUUUAGAACAAAGAAAUAUAGUAUAAAGAUUAAUAAUUAAAAGAAUGUAUUGAAAUCGAAAUUUAUUUCGUUUUAAUAUCGCUAGGUCUAUAGUAUUGCUUUUGUUAACAAUAUGAUGUGCGUUUCCAGGACAACAAUGAUUGUCUAAAAAAGAUUAAAAUAAUAAAAACUGAAUAAUAACAAAAAAUAAAUAAAACGGUUGCCAAUGACAACCUUAGUUUUAAUCUUUUGAUUUUCUUUAACCUAAAUAACUAGGUUUUCGUCAUUGUCUCGAAUAUUAAUGAGAAUUUCAAAAACUUACCUCCUUAAAUUACCACCCAGAGAACAUUUCUUUUCAGAAAAGGUGUCAUACUUGAUAAUUGGAGUAAGCUUUCUGGUAGAAAAAGUUUUCACAUAAAAAAAAAAUAAACAUCAUUGUAAAACCGAUACAUUCCUCGCCUCGCUCAGAAUCUAAAAAAUUGUUAUAACAAUCUAAAUAAAAAAUAAAUAUUAUUUUUAUUAUUGGUAUUUAUAUAGGUUAUCUUGGUGAUAGGGACGAUUAUUUUUCUAUUAUUUAUUUUGGCACAGUAACGUCGGACGGGGCGGCUGGUAAAAUUAUAUAGUUACCAUACAAAAAAAUAUUAUUAUUGAGUAUGUGAUGGGAAUGCGAUGAUAGUUAAUCUUUGAAUUUCAAAUCCACGGGAGGACAUGGGAUUCAACUCCUCCCAUUAUAUCCUCGUUGGGAAUUCAUUAUUGUAAUCAGUACGGAAAACAUGCAAAUUUUGAUGGUUUUAUUUGAAAAAAAAUUGUCCAUAAACCGCUUUUAUUAUGAACAUUUCUGAACAUUUCUGUUCAAAUCUUCUCCUAUUUCGAUCUCAGUUCAUAGCGUAUCAGGUUUUCUCUAUAAUUAAAAUAUAUUUUAUUUAGAUACCAAAAUAUAUCAAUGUAACUGUAACAAAAACAAUCUCGAUCACUAUUAGAAAACUAAUAUAUAAAGUGAAAAAAACUCCAAGGAGGAGGAUGGCCCCCCCCCUAGAUAUCUAACAUUCAAUGGUCACUACAGUGCGUCUAAUAAUCCGAACAUUUUAUAAAAAAUGAAAAAUGUAAAUGUUUUUUUUUUUUUUUAAGCCAAUAAAAGUUGUAGAGAAUUCGACAGCGUUUUCCUACGGGUUACCUAUGGAUAGGUACGUUUUUGUGCGCAAUUUAAUCAUCGUUACGCACCGAUUGCCACGGGUACCUAUAUAAUAUUAUUCCCCGUUACGACGGACCAGAGAUGUAUUUUGGGGUUUAUGCCGUGUAAGCGAGGUAGUCUUAUACGCAUUUAUCGUCUCCCGAGUAUUUGAUAUGUUUAUAAAAAAACACGCAUUUCCAUCAUCAACGAUGUAAAAUCGUUUUAUAUCUACCGUAUACGGGUGAGGGGAGGGAGGUAUUAAAUUGAUUUUGAUAUAAUAUUGUGUUUAGAUCGAUUACACCGUUCAAAAAGACACGUUCAAACGGUCGGGGAAGAAAAACGUUUGCGUUCAGCUGGAAAACGCACCGGACGAGAUCGUUAAAGUUUCGGAAAAGCUCGGAGUGCCAAACCGUUGUCCCUUCAAAAAGGUUCAUUGUGCAAAAUAAUAAUUAUUUUAAAAUCGAUUAUGAUUUAUAUAGUAGAACUAUUGCGGUCCGUUCUGCUAAUUAUUUUAGAUGAAUUGCGUCCCAUUUUCAUUAAACUAGGUGAAUUGCAUACUUGUUGUAAUUCAACACCGGUUAAUCACGAUUUCGUACAUUUACCUUUUUGGGAACAUAAUUCCGUUCGAUUUUGAUCAAAAAAUGGAUUGUAAAAAUUACCCCGAAAACUUCACGAUUACGUACGAUUUUUUGAUACAUGAAGAAUAUCGUGUAGUUCGGAAAUAUUAUACUUGGUGGUUUUGUGUGAACAGAAGUACGUGCAUAGCGAAUAUUUCUUUUAAUUUGAAUGUCACAUUGCUAGCAGUUGUUAUUGUUUCUAUGUCAUAAUUUUUUUACUUAUACGUGUGAAAGUCUCGACGGUUUUGACGAAAUGUUAUCUAUUAAGCUUUUCUUUUAAGAGUAUUAGUAUAAGUUUUUGUCGGUUUAAUAAUUAUUUUUUUGGUUUUCGGGUGAUUGUUUUCGUUGUUUACUGGGUAUUCUAUUGUAAUCAAAUUAUUUUUACGUUUAAAAUAACACUUACACGAUGUUAAACAACAUGACCACCGUUGUAUAUCAUUUGUUAGAAGUUUACGGAAUCGAAAUUUAAAUCCAUCGGUGGGUACUCCCGGAAGGCGUUGUAUUUCAGUGCUUUUGUAUUGCUUCGACGACCUUUUUCGUGUACAGUAUUUCAUAUACUAUCAUAAAUAUCGGGGAUGCAAUUAUUUAUCUAUUUGGAAAAAUUAAUAUCCGGGCCGCAAUUUACCUAGCUGUGUAUUAAUACAUUUUAUUUUUGGGACGCAAUCCACCGAACCCGAAAUAAUAUAUACAGCUGCAGUUAUUGUUGUUUCGCAGGGCACAGUGUGCUUGGACAAUAAAUCGAUAAACGUGAGCAAGUACAAAUUACGAAUGAACGUAUUAGUCGGUCAUCUCAAGGGGAAAGCACUAAUGACCACCAACGCCGGUAAGUCCUGCGUGGAAUUUUCGGCGAAAUUGGACAACGUGUUUGUAAGAGCUUUCGCUUUGCCGACCAUUCACGGACGAUGA